CUUGUAUUUUUUGAAGAGUCUUUCUACAUUAUACAUCUAAACAUACCAUUGUCAAUAUACAAAUAUAUAUAUGAUCUCGUUUCCUAUUAGGAACAGGGAUAAAAUGUUUAUUUAUUUCCGGAGUUUUAUGGUCUUGAAAUACUAAUAAAGAUAAUACAACUUGAGUUAAAAGAAAAUCAAUUGCAACAAAAUUAUAAAUAACCAAUUCGUUAAGUGCCUUUACAAAGCGUGUUAUUUUAGUGAUCCUGUAUUCAAGAGAUGUUUCCUCAAAUCAAUCUUUCCCGGAUGUUUAUAAAUUUAUCAGCAAUUAAUUUUGGUUAAAAAUGAUUAAACAAGAUGGCAAACAGAAUUGAUGAUGGUAUUGAAUGGUCUAGUGAGACUUUUUCUUUUAUUACUAUUGUGAAUGACAAAUUACCAACGAUUGUAAAAGUCGCUGAUGGAUAUUACUGUGAGAACGAGGCUGAGAGCUUUUCAAACGGAGAUCUCAUAAAACUAGAUUUCAAGAGACACUAUACAAAAGUCAAAGCACGCCCCGUCGGCACAAAUCUUUUGGAAGGAAAAGAUGACUCAAAUAUUGGUUCAGAAAUUCUUAUACCAUUGGGUUAUUGUGGUAAGCUCCAUGUGCAUUGUCUCAAAGACACUUUUCAUAGCAUGAAAGAUCUUGUGGAAUAUUUUCCAAGAUUUAUAAAGGUGGGAGUGUCUUUUAAUGCUCACAAAGGAAAACGUUGGACAAUUCCCAUCAGGAUACAUACCGGGGCCGAGCUGGAACUAGAUAGAGAAAUUCCUGACAUGGGUAUUGUAUGCAGAAUCAACCAAACAAAAAUAUUGGUAUCUUAUGAUGCAGAGGUCUUGUGUUAUCUUAUUCCAGACAAAACACCAUACACGAUACGUGAAGUUGUAGAAACUUUCAAAAUGCCUCAGUAUGUACGCUUUAUAGACUCUGAAAUGGAAAGAGUCAUGACCGAAAAUCUGAACGAGGCCAUUGAUAACAUCACUCAUUUCGAGGGUUUCUUCAAGAUUACGGGUAUUUUCAGACAAGAGGUGGUCAUUGGGCAUCACAAACCGGCAGGCGUGCUGCCAUCUACGAGCGGAUUCUCGUGUCAAAGAUCUAUAGCCAUUCUACCACUGGAUAGUGAGGUGGUGCAAAACCUUGAAGUGUAUGCUCCAAUAUAUGAUGAUUUCGUGGAUUACGAACUUAUGACAAUCCGAAAUUUUUCGACCAACGUAAACAUGGACGUUGUUGAAGGAAGUCUUUACUUAGAAUUUCAAAAGAAACCCAUGGUUCACCUUCUUCCGUCGAAUGAACUCCCACCCCCUCGUCCCCCUCUUCCAAGUGAGUUAAAAAUUAUGUUAAAAUCUUAUUUGGGACCAAACCACUCUAAGAAUUUGAUAAAUGAAAUACAAAUGUCGAAACAAGUGAUAAAAAGUAAAUUAACUAAUGUAAUUCGAUAAUGUACGCAUGUAAUA